AUGGACAACUCUGUAAUCCAACAACACUUGGCAUACUAUAAACAAUCCACAGCGACGGCCCGUGAGGAACUCGCCACCCUGCAAGCCAAAUAUUAGAGUCUGCCAUCACAGGUUUCAGACGCCCAAUCAAAGGUUGUGUCUCAAGAGGAGACUAUAAAUAAUUUAAGGGAUGCUACUGAGAGUCAUAAUGAGAAGGAGGCAAGACAGGAGUCUCUUCUGAGCGCUCUCAGAGAACACAACUACAACACAGAGCAAGAGAUGCUUUCCAUCACCUCCUCCAAAAGCAUCAUGGACAUGAGAAUACAGACACUGACAAAGGAGAACGAGGAGAUGGGGGCGAGAGUGAUGGAACUUGACAUUAAGUCUAAACAGCAUUUAAGAGAAUGCAACAAGGCAAAACAGGAAGCCACUGAGAUCCAGAGGAGAUCUGAUGAGUUUAUAUCAACACUGGCAAGCAAAGUCUCCAUAAAUUUAGCAGGAAAGACAGAUCCAACGGAUUACAUUGUGUUCAUGGUGAUGGAUGCAUGCUGUAAGGACAGAGACAGACUGAAGAACUGCAUUCAUGCUCUAGAAGAACGUGUGAAAUCCUAUGAAGUGGAAUGUAAAGCCAGUAGAGAAACAGUAAAGCGACUGGCAACUGAUGUUGACCAUCAGCAAACAAUCUCAGCUAAAUGAGCUAAACUCAGUCAGAACAAACAAAUAUCUAGACAUGAUUUGGAUACUGUCUCCCUGAAGAAACUCAGUUUUGAAAGGGAGAACCAGGCCCUUAAAACCACUCUAGAGGAGACUGAACUGGCCCAUUCAUCAGCACAGCAGCGGUGCAGUCACUAUGAGAAUCUGUGCCAGGAUCUCGACAAUAAACUCAGCAGAUACCAGAAUGAAGCUCAGGUGUCUCACAGUCUCUAUGACUCCUUCCUUAAAGAGGUGGAGUCUUUGCUUGAUAAUCUAUCUUCUCAACCCACAGAGCAAAUAUUGAAGGCACUUACAGCCCUUUGUAGCCAUGAAAAAGUGUAA